AUGGAUGCAUCCACCGAGCCCCAGAUCACAGGAGGGAACCCACUGCUGACGGACUCCCCCUUCCCGGCCUACUCCGAGGUCAAGGCGGAGCACGUGGUGCCCGGCAUCCGCGCCCUGCUGGCUGAGCUGCACGCUGAGGUGGACCGGCUGGAGGCCAGCGUGGAGCCCAGCUGGGAGGGGCUGGUGCAGCCGCUGGAGCGCAUCGUGGACCGCCUGAGCCGCGCCUGGGGCACCGUCAGCCACCUCAAGGCGGUGAAGGACACAGAGGAGCUGCGCAAGGCCGUGGAGGAGGUGCAGCCGGAGCGUGUGAAGCUGAGCCUGCGCCUGUCCCAGAGCAAGCCGCUGUACGAGGCGUUCCGCGCGCUGCGGGAGGGCCCCUCCUGGGGCCAGCUGUCAGAGGCGCAGCAGCGCAUUGUGGAGGGGGAGCUGCGCGACUUCAAGCUGGGCGGUGUGGCGCUGGAGGGCGAGGCCAAGGAGCGGUUCAACGAGAUCCAGCAGGAGCUGAGCCAGCUGAGCACCAAGUUCAGCAACAACGUGCUGGAUGGCACCAAGGCUUACAAGAAGCUGCUGACAGACAAGGCGGAUGUGGAGGGGCUGCCCGAGUCGGCGCUGGCGCUGGCGGCGCAGCAGGCGGCAAAGGAGGGCCACGAGGGGGCCACCCCCGAGGCAGGCCCCUGGCUGUUCACCCUGGACUUCCCUUCCUACUUCCCGGUGAUGACUCACGCCAAGAACCGUGCGCUGAGGGAGGAGAUGUACCGCGCCAGCAUCACCCGCGCCUCGUCUGGCGACAUCGACAACACCCCCAUCAUCGAAAAGGCGAGCGGGGAGCAGCGGGCGGGGAGCUGCGGGCGGGCAGCCCAGCAGGGGAGCAUUACGCGCCGUGCUGCCGUGCCGGUGUUGGCGCUGCGCCAGGAGAAGGCGGAGCUGCUGGGCUUCCCCAACUUUGCCGAGGUGUCGAUGGCCAGCAAGAUGGCCACCCUGGAAACUGCGGAGCAGCUGCUGGAGGAGCUGCGGGGCGCCUCCUUUGAGGCAGCCAAGCGGGACCUCCAAGACAUCCAGGAGUUUGCCGCAGAGCAGGGCUCCACAGAGCCGCUGCAGCAGUGGGACGUCAGCUUCUGGGCGGAGCGGCUGAAGGAGGCCAAGUAUGCGCUGGAGGAGGAGCAGCUGCGCCCCUACUUUGCGCUGCCCAAUGUGCUGGAGGGCCUGUUUGGGCUGGCCAAGCGGCUGUUUGACGUGGACAUCGAGCCCGCCGACGGCAAGGCGCCGGUGUGGCACGAGGAUGUUCGCUUCUUUGUGGUGAAGAAGGGCGGCCGCCCCAAGGCGUACUUCUACCUUGACCCUUACAGCCGGCCCUCAGAGAAGCGCGGCGGCGCGUGGAUGGACGAGGUGUGCGGCCAGAGCCGGCUGUUUGCGGUGGAGGGGGAGGAGGUGCGGCUGCCCGUGGCGCACAUGGUAUGCAACCAGACGCCGCCGGUGGGCGGCAAGCCCUCGCUCAUGACCUUCAGGGAGGUGGAGACGCUCUUCCACGAGUUUGGCCACGCUGCGCAGCACAUGCUGACGGAGCAGCAGGAGGGGCUGGUGGCGGGGAUCCGGGGCGUCGAGUGGGAUGCCGUGGAGCUGCCCUCGCAGUUCAUGGAGAACUGGUGCUACCACCGCAAGACGCUGUACAGCUUCGCGCGGCACUAUGACAGCGGCGAGCCUCUGCCGGAGGAGCUGUACCAGCGGCUGCUGGCGGCCCGCACCUACCGCUCUGGCAGCAUGACCCUGCGCCAGGUCCACUUUGCCAGCGUGGACCUGGAGCUGCAUGCACGCUUCAAACCGGGCCAGGGGGAGAGCGUGUUUGACCGGGACCAGGCGAUGGCCAAGCGCACGAUGGUGAUGCCGCCGCUGCCAGAGGACCGCUUCCUCUGCUCCUUCUCACACAUCUUUGCGGGCGGCUACAGCGCCGGCUACUACUCUUACAAGUUUGCCGAGGUCCUCAGUGCUGAUGCCUUUGCUGCGUUUGAGGAGGUGGGGCUGGAGGAUGAGGCGGCGGUGGCGGAGACGGGCGCCCGCUUCCGCGACACCGUGCUGGCGCUGGGCGGCGGGCGGGAGCCGGGGCUCGUGUUCCGCGACUUCCGCGGCCGCGACCCCACGCCCGAGGCCCUGCUGCGCCACAGCGGCCUGCUGCCGGCGGCGGCGUGA